GCGGGGAGGUGGCGGGGCGGGUGGCGGCUGGCCGGAGGUCACUCGGCGCGGGGGCGCAGCAUGGCCGCGGCUGUGGUGCUCGGGGGACCGGCGGGCUGGUGGCGCUGGCACAGGCGGGUGCGCGCCGCCCGCGCAGCGAUGGUGUGUUCUAGGGCAAUGGCUUCCAAAACCCCGGUUGGAUUCAUUGGGCUGGGUAACAUGGGAAAUCCAAUGGCAAAAAACCUGGUAAAACAUGGAUAUCCAGUUAUUGCAUAUGAUGUAUUCCCAGAAGCUUGUAAAGAAUUUCAAGACUUGGGUGCUCAGGUAACAGAUUCGCCAGCAGAUGUAGCAGAAAAAGCAGACAGAAUUAUUACCAUGCUGCCUUCUAGUCCCAAUGCGAUAGAAGUUUACACAGGAGCAAAUGGAAUUCUAAAGAAAGUGAAGAAAGGCUCAUUGCUAAUAGAUUCCAGUACUAUAGACCCUGCAGUUUCAAAAGAAUUAGCCAAAGCAGUUGAAAAAAUGGGAGCUGUUUUCAUGGAUGCUCCAGUUUCUGGAGGUGUUGGAGCUGCUCGAGCUGGAAACCUUACUUUUAUGGUUGGUGGAGUGGAACAAGAAUUUGAUGCUGCAAAAGAGUUGCUGACAUGCAUGGGUUCUAAUGUGGUCUACUGUGGAGAGGUUGGAACCGGACAGGCUGCAAAGAUCUGCAACAACAUGCUCUUGGCCAUCAGUAUGAUUGGAACUGCUGAGGCGAUGAAUCUUGGAAUCAGAUUAGGCCUUGACCCAAAGCUGCUGGCCAAAAUCCUAAAUAUGAGCUCAGGUCGCUGUUGGUCAAGCGACACAUACAACCCUGUUCCUGGAGUGAUGGAAGGAGUACCAUCUGCUAAUAAUUAUCAAGGUGGCUUUGGAACAACACUCAUGGCUAAGGAUCUUGGCUUGGCCCAGAUUUCUGCCACCAACACAAAGACACCAGUUCCUUUGGGAUCCCAGGCACAUCAGAUCUACAGGAUGAUGUGUGCAAAAGGCUAUGCCCUAAAAGACUUCUCAGCUGUGUUCCAGUUUUUACGUGAGGAGGAAAACUUGUGAGCUGUCCUUUGGAAAUGGACACAAUAACAAACCACAUUUUUUUAUCCUGAUAGCCCGUUUGAGAAGUAUGUGAGUUUAAUCAAACACUGUGCAUACUGAUCCCAUACAGACUAAUCAUCUUUGGUUGUCUAGAUCACAGCGAACUCCAGGGUUUUUUCAUAAUUCUUGAAAAAGCAAGCCAGAAGAAAGGAUUGUUUGGCAAUUAGCCAGACGGUGAUUUCUUCUUUCUUUUUUUUUAAGAACCGUCAAAGUUUUUUUUUUUCCUCUAGAUGCAAUAAAUAAAUAUUUUUUUUAUGAAACACUUAACUGUUUGCAUAUAAAAUAACUUACAUUAUGGCUAUAAACUUAGGUGAAUCUUGAAUAGUAAGAGAAUGUUAUAUAGUGAUUUUAUGAUAUAUAGUGAUCUAUUAAAGUUUAAAAUGAAUACUUUAUGGAAAAAGGGAAGAUUUGUUCAAUAAAGAAACACAGCUUGAGAUGGAUUGUUUUUUUCCUUGGACCUACCAGCCUUGAGUUGAUCAGUAGUGAAUUUUUCCUGGGAUUCAGGUUGCAGAUUAAAUUUAUAGGCACGUGUUUCGAAGUGGAGAGCUGUUACAGCAUGUUUACCUGAUAGACUUAGUUAAAAUAACAUAGAAUGUGUGUCCCUCUUGUAAAGCUUCAUUAUUGUAUUUUGCUAACCCAAUUUUAUAUUUUCUUGUAUUCUGUCACACAUUUUCAGAACUCAAGAACAGCACUUACCAGAAGUUCUAACAAAGUGUACAUUUGUUUUACGUAAUUACUGAAGUAUUUUAAAUCUAAAUAAACCCCAUUAUUUUGAAAAGAAAUAAAAAUCUAUGCU